GGGGAGGUGCUGCUGCUGCCAGCGCCGCCGCGUUUGAGAGCGCCGGGGGCGGCCGCCAUCGGCAUGUCGCGGCACAGGAACGUCCGAGGCUACAACUACGAUGAAGAUUUUGAAGAUGAAGACCUUUAUGGCCAAUCAGUAGAAGAUGAUUAUUGUAUUUCUCCAUCAACAGCAGCUCAGUUUAUCUAUUCAAGACGUGACAAGCCCUCUGUGCUUGCUGAGCCGUUAGCAGAAGAAUAUGGGCAUGAAGAUGCUGAAGAACCUGCCAAUUAUUUUACAUCUAAUCAUCAGCUAACUGGAGUUGAUCAAGCUCGACUUUAUUCAUGCCUUGACCAGAUGAGAGAAGUUCUUGCAGAGUCUGUACCAGAGCAGGUGAUGGUGGAAGCAGUGCUGAAUAGUAAAUUUGAUGUACAGAAAGCAUUGGAUCUUGUCCUUGCACAAGAUAGUAAGGGGAAUACAAAGGCUGAGAAUGAAUGCACAGUCAUUACAGGAAAGGCAGCAGAAGAUUUUUGUAAAGAAUCAUUAUAUGAAUCUUGUGAUAAACAGGCAGCAGAGCAUCUACCGUACAGUACUGGCACAGUAAGUUUCUUUUCUACCACUGAAGACAAAACUUGCAUUAAAGGGGGUGUUGAAUUACUGGAAAAUAACCCACCUGGAAAUUCUUGGAAGCAGUUGGAGUGCAAGGAAACACAAGACUUAAAAUCUUUGCUGAAGCAGAAUGUGACUGAUUCUUUAAAUCUUCCAGUUAGUGUGCUAUGUGGUGUCUUAAAUACUUCAGAUAAUAUUAAUAAGGCAAGUUUGGAUAGUCCUCCUGGCUUAAUAAAUGCUUUAGGGAAAUUAGCACUUGAUAGUACAGUAAGUCAUGCUCUCAACAGAAAGACAGAUAUUUUUGAAAAUUCUUCUUCGCUUCUGCAAAGUACCAAGCAGGAUACCCCCUGGCCAGAAAUGGAUAGCUUACCAUUUUUAAAGUAUGGAAGUCCAUCACCUGAAGAACACCAGGGGAGUAAUAACCCAAGCUACUUUUACUCAUUGUCUGAUCUUUAUAACAAGUCACAUAUGAAUUUUACAGAUGUGAACUUGGGAACAUCAUCAUUGUCACAACUAGUUAGUCAACAUCAAGCUUCAGGUGGGAUGCCAGAAUUAACAGGAUCUCUUUCUUCUCUGGCACACUCUGUUUCUCCUGUAAGAGAACUUGAAAAUUUAUCCCUUUCAGAUUUAAUUGCGGAAACCAUUGAAGUGGAUAAAACUCAAGAAACAACAGACUAUUCCAGGUUCAAUUUAACUGAAAUGUCACCUUCUGAAGAAAUACAUCCAAACAUUGACCUAAGUGUCCUUAUUAAAAAAACAGAAAUAUCUGUGGAACCUGUAGUUGGCCAGUCAAGUAUCUGUAUCCCAGAAAUUAAAUCUUUUGCUUCACAGCAAGGAACGAAUUUCACUAAGAAACCCAAAAAAGGCAAAAAAGGGCUGCUUCUUAGGAGGCGGGAUCCCUCUCUUUUGUGGAUGAAAGCUCUCCGUGCCAGACCUUCAGCUUUUGCAUUAACUUUGUGUCUCCAUUAUCCCCCAAAAGGAUGUAAACAGGGCACAAUGGAUAUCCAUAAGACUUUCCUCUACAGUAGACAAGUACAAGAAGCAAAAGAUAAGGAAAUUGGUCCCAUAAUAGAAAUAGCACCAUUUGACUUUAAAUCAGCAUCCCCUGAUGACAUUGUAAAAGCUAAUCAGAAGAAAGCUUUUACAAGAAUAGUGUAAUGCAGAGGAAAAAAUGAGUGCUUAUAUUUCAGCAUCUUUUUAAAUAUAUAUUUUUAAAUGUUUCAUAUUGGGUAAUUUAUUCUGUGACCCAGAAUUAAAAUUCUAUUUUUUUAAUUAUAUUUGAUAGAUCUCAAAAUAAAGCUGAUUAACAACAUUUAUAUGUUUUAAACUGUUGCACUGAAUUUUUUAAUCCUUAUUUUUUGUAUAUUUUAAAUUGAUAACAUUUUUAAUUGACAAAUCCUCAUCUUAAAUGUGUAGGAAUUGAAUCUAUAGUGUAGACCAUUAUCUUGUAGGUAGCACUUUUUAAAUUAGUAGAUAUUUAAAGUAAUUUUCUAACAAGAAACACAACAGAUUUAAUUUGGACUCCUCCCACCCCCAAUAAAUAAAUAAAUAAAUAAAUAAAUCCCAAGAAGAUACCGCUAUGGGGUAGUUUGAUUCAGAGAUUUUUAAGUUUAAAGAUUAAGGUUUCUGAUAAUUAUAAUUAUGCAACUGUCUUAUACAGUAGUUCAUCACUAUUUCAUAUUUCAUUCUUUAUUUUUUUUCUGUAACCUCUUUUCUGUUAUGUUGCUUGUGUUAAAUUAUUGAAAACAUCAUUAAGAUCAGUCACUGGCUUUUAUACUUAGUGAUAAGCUAUUUACCAACUUUGAUGGGACCAGAUUUUCUGACAACAGCAUAGUACAAUUUAAAUUUUUAAAAAAUAUCUAGAUGUUAAGACUGAGUAUUUCUACAUUGUAGAAAAUGAUCUUGUAUGUGUCUUAAUAGCAUAUUUUUCAACAGAAAUUUUAGUAGGAAUCCAUUAGUUGUUUUAAGUCUUUCUGAAAUAUGUUGGAAGAACAACUUUCUUGUUUAGUUUUAUUGCCUAAUGAAAAUGCUGUGUUUCAGGACAAAGCAUAGGUGCUAUUUGUUUCUAGCUUUGUUUUUCACUUAGAAAAAAAUUCUGUUAGCAAUGGAAACAUGUCAUAUUGCAUUCUCCUCUGCUGUUGGUGGCAGUAUUUAUUAAUUUGAGCCAUAAUACUUAAGAUCAAAAUCAGGUUACUAUAGACUUUAUUUCUUAGCGAAGUCAUCAGACUUUGGUGCUGUCUGUAGAUGCAGUAAUAUCUUUAUAUGGAUCGAAUAUGAGUAUAUUUUUAUUCUGAUCCAUGGACUACCAGUAUCAUGGUCAUUAUUUUCAGCAGUUAUAUGCAAUAUAUUUAGUACUGGUACUAUUAUUAUGAUAAAAAUAAGAUUGCUCAUAAUUAACCAUAACCUUUAGUUCAAAUUUACGCAAGCAGCUAUUAUAAAAGAAUGCAUUUAAUCUUAAUGGUGACAUUUGACUAAGCUAAUUGUAAGAGAGAAACGAAUUUGUAGAAUAAUACUUUUAAAUUACAGUGCAGUUUUAUAAACAACUACAUUCCAGUGCUCUGAGAGAUUUAGUUUUCUGAGUAUUUUGCUUUUAUUAGUUUGUAGAUAUAUAACUCAUCAUCUUGGAAUAUGAAUAGUAUGCAUUUUAAUUUCUUGCUUAAAUUUAGUUUCUAACCCCCCCCCAGAACAGAGGAGGGUUCUGUUAAUGAUUGUGUAUGAUGGUACCGCUGGAAUAUUUCAUUCUAAAUGCCAAGGUUGAUAUUUCUUUUCUUUUCUUUUUUUCUUUUCUUUUUGGUGUAGGCACCUACACCCUGAACCUUUUAGGUAGCUUAUAGUAGCCAACCAUAGUUACUGUAAUCAUAAGUAUUUCAUUCAGUUAAGUCCAGGGCAGAAGCAAAAUGGAACACUCUCUAGUUUGCUCACAGGUAAUGUCUUUUCUUUAUCCUAAAUUAUGGUUUAAAUAUUUUCUUGGGUCUUGGCCAGAAAGCUGUUACAUAUUCUUCAAUUAUAAGAUGAUUCCAAAGUUUAAUACCCUGAUCAUGGGUACUAGAUCAGGUACGUGGGGUCAAGGUGAUUUUAGGCCCUGUCAGCGCAUAAUAUCUCAAACACUCUACUUUUUGUUUUAUUAUUAAAAGCUUUAAUAAGAUUUUUUUGUUUAGCAAGUACAGCUUAAGACAACCAAGGCAGAUCACGUUGUUGGUAAUAUAGUAGCUCAGAAUACCUCCCAAAUUAAAAUAUUUUAACUAUCAGGUUUCUCAAGUCAGUUCAUAUGUCUAGGAUCUGGUUUUCCUAUUACAAUUUUAGAAGAACUGAGAAGGCUUUAAAUAGUAAUCAGGCCCUGGACCAUUUUUUAAAAUGGGCUAUUGUUUAGUUAAGGAAAAAAUAAAUUUAAUAAAAUAAAAGUAAAAGAUGAUCCAUUCUGUAUUUAAUUGUUCAAGUGAUGUGGGUUUCUGUAGCUUUUGCUAUUUCCUGGGCACCUGAAUUGGCUUUUCUGAGGGUAGCAUUUCUAAAGUUGUAGAAGAAAUAUUCACCAUUUGUACUCAUGUGUGCCCCAGUGUCAGGCGCUUUUAAAAGCACCCAGUGCUGUGUCACAUGCAUUUAUAUAAACGGCAAAAUGUGUGUCAGUGCUGAGAAAAUAGCGGCACACUUUUGACCUAAAACACGUCAAAGGUGUUUUAGUUUAAAAGUGCACCACCGCCACUUUCUGCACACCAUAUUUUCUGCAUUUUGCCAUUUAUAUAAAUGCAUGCGAUGCAGUGCUGGGUGCAUCAGCUUGUGUGCUCUGCAGACUUAAUUAAUUGAGUCUUCUCCUAUGUGCUGGAUUUCUGGUGUGUCAGAGCAGACAAAGGUACAUGUAUAAAUGCCCAUUAUUUUUAGUGGAAUACAUUUUCUUGUUUUCUGUCUCUAUUGUCCUAUCUUCUGCUACUCUCUUCCCAAACAUUUCCUUAAAAUGUUCAAACAGAUUUAGGGCCAAAUUCUGCUACUGUACCUUCAUUUACUCCCAUUGAUUUAAUUGUAUGUUAUGUAUAAGUAUCCGUUGGCAGCAUUUUGCACUCGGAGCCCAGUCUUACUGUGCAUUUAAUGUAGAUGGUCUCAUUUAGAUACCCACUGACUUCAAUAAGAAUCCGAUUGUGUGCUGAAAUACACCUCCACAGAGAUACCAUUGCAGGUUUGGGGUGUUAGUAUCCAACUUCAGACAAGAAUAUUAGAAGGUUAACCUUAACAUUUUUUCAUAUUUUUGUUUGGAUUAGUGAUGUUACUGAUCCUAAAGAGGAUAGUCUACUGAGCAUUAUUACGCUGUUUGGUAGAAUAAAAAUAAUGCAGUGUGUAUCUUCGGACUGCAGUCUGGCAGCCUGAUAUAUUCCUGAAUAAAUGUAUGUACUCAUGGUAAAAAUAUCAAAAGUACCUAAAUGAUGCAUGAUUGUUAAGUUUGAUUGUUUUUUUAGGACUUAGGCUUCCUAUACCACUUGAACACUGCUGUAAGAUAGCAGUCCAACACUGUAGAGUUCAAAAAUGAAACAGGUGCAUGUAUUUACUUAAUAAGAACAAUGUUAUGGUACACCACUGACAAGUCUUAAAUUACUGCAUGAUGUUAUGAUGACACCUGAAGCUUUCACUUAGCCCAAAACAAAGUCUUAAAGUCCAAAAUCUCUGACCAUUAAAAUCCAGGUUAGUCAGAUCUUUUUUCAUCUACCUAUUCUGUAAAGCAGACAAUGAGGUGGCUUUUUACAGAUAUUUCAGUACUAGUUUGCAGUCAAUUUGUAACUUUGUAUGCAUGUAUAUGGGCAGCUAUACUAAUUGUUUAUAUAUUGAAAUUCAGGUUUAAAAAAAUGUAAAGUCUUUGUAUCUAUGUACACUGUAGACAUAGAAAAUAUUAAACUAUGUAGAACAUGCUGCUUUUGGUUUUAAAACUGCUGUAAAGCCCCAAGAUCUCUUGUAUAUUAAAAUUUUAUAUAUAAUGUUUUUAAUUAAGUGGGCCAUUUUCAUAUUUUUAAAUGAAAUUGUUUUGUGAAUACUGCGUUUUUAUUUAUAUAUGUGAAUAAAGUAAAUCACUUUCUGAAGGA